AUGCAACCACACGAGUAUGACCUGACGCCCGGUCCCGACCCUCUCCUUUCCCCCAGUGAGUUGCAUACACCCAAGUGCAUGCUGAUGACAGCCCGCUCCAUCCUCCUGCAGCGCUGGGUCACGCCCCGCCGCAAGGACAUUGCCGCCCUAGUCGUCGAGGGCUACACACGCGAGUCGGCACACAAGGCUCUGCAACGCACCCGCAACUUGCUAGAGGCAUCAGCCUUCCUUCGCGCCCACCUCGAACGUGAAGUGUGGAUCCGCGACUUCCGCGAACUGCAUGGGUACAGGCGUGUCCCUUCCGAGCUGGCGCUCACCCGAUUCCGCGACCCCGACACGGCCUUCGCCUACCUGAAACACUGGGAGCAUACCGUCUUCCAUCCGCUGUGUCCCUUUUGCCAUCGACAGCUCGAGGCACUCGGCCCCGCCGGCGAGGAGAGGAGGCAGGCGAUCAUUGCCGCCACGGAGCGCGCUGCGAACGAGCAGGUCGACUACGAGCGCGUCACUCCUUGGAUCGACGGGCAGAGCCGGUGGGGCAAGGAGGGCGAGUACGAGAAGGGCCAUGUCCGCCGGAGGCUGAGGCGGAACAGGAGGGCGGACUUCACACGCUGGCUGUCUGCUGCCGAGCCGACGUUCUUCUCAAUCGCUGAAGUCGGUGCAGAACGAGGUCCAGCUCAGCCCGUCGCCGCCUCUGAUGAAGCUGGAGGGACUGCUCAGGAACUGCGUACAGUUUGCGAACCAAUUCUGUCCGUGUACCUGUGCGGGGUUGGAGCGUGA